GGGGCCACCAAGCCCGGGAUCGCCGCCCCGCCGGGGUUGCUCAGCCCCACGGCCGGAGGAGGAGGGGGCUUCCCCUUGGAAAUCCAGAGGCAGAGAAGGCGUUUUAUCUCCCAGCGCUGCUCUCUAGAGUUUUUAGAAGACAUAGUGGAAUGUGCCAGUGUACGAAGAACCAAGCAUAUAUCUGGAUCUCCAAGACACAAAGGCUUGAAAAAGAUGCAUUUCAUCAAGAACAUGAGGCAGUAUGAUACAAGGAACAGCAGGAUAGUAUUAAUUUGUGCUAAAAGGACUUUAUGCGUGGCUUUUUCGAUUCUGCCGUACGGGGAGAACUUGAGGAUCAGUGAACUGAGAAUCGACGGGCCGAAACAAAGACACCCUUCUGGUGGCGUUUCUGUCUCCUCUGAGAUGGUGCUAGGAAUGGAAGGAGUUGAGCUGGGAGCAGACGGCAAGGUGGUGUCUUAUGCAAAGUUCUUGUAUCCAACCAACGCUCUUGUUGGCCGCAAAAACGAUGGCCAUGGUGCUGCUCCUAUGUGUCGAGUUGCUGCCCCACGAAGUGCUGGAAGUUCAAGGUACAAAACUACUACAGCCAAAACAAUACCGUCCACAGCAGAUAUUGGAGGUGACGUCGGGGAGUUGGUAGAAUACAACCCUAAUCUUCUCGACGAUCCUCAGUGGCCCUGCGGAAAGCACAAGCGUGUCCUCAUCUUUGCGUCGUACAUGACAACUGUAAUAGAAUAUGUGAAACCGUCAGACCUUAAAAAGGAUAUGAACGAAACAUUUAAGGAGAAGUUUCCACACAUCAAACUUACACUGAGCAAAAUAAGAAGUUUAAAGAGAGAGAUGCGAAAUCUGAGUAUGGAAUGCAACCUGGAGCCGGUAACUGUAUCCAUGGCUUAUGUUUACUUUGAGAAGCUCGUCCUCCAAGGCAAGCUUAACAAACAGAACCGAAAAUUGUGUGCCGGUGCUUGUGUUCUGCUUGCAGCCAAGAUCAGCAGUGACCUCAGGAAGCAUGAAGUCAAACACCUUAUUGAUAAGUUAGAAGAGAGAUUCAGAUUCAACAGACGAGAUCUUAUUGCAUUCGAAUUUACGGUCCUUGUAGCUUUGGAACUUGCCCUCUAUCUUCCCGACAACCAAGUGUUACCUCACUUUCGACGUCUGACGCAACAAUCCUAGCCAAAACUUUGUUCUAACAAAGUGCCAGGACUGAGAUCCCUAAACGUUGUUGUUGGUCACUGGCCCUUCCUGGGCCACAGGAACAACAUUUUCAACAAACCUGAAGUGAAGACUGCAAAGGCAUUUCUACAGAGCUACUGAGGUGUGGUGAAUAAAAGAGAUUCUAUGCGUGAAGUCAACAGAAGUGAGAUAUUGCGCUUUGGACAUUAAAGCACAAAGGCUUUGCAACCAGUUGACACUAGAGCUGCUGGUCAUACCUUAUUUAACUGUUUUGUCUUUCACAGAGAGAUGGUCCGUCCUUCUGUUACGGCGUUACUACUCAUCAUUUCCUUAAACUUUUCGUCACUCGUUUUUUCCUCUUCCUGGAAUCUAUAGGAGCAUCGCUGCCAUUCCAAAAUACUGUGUGCUUCAAAUAGUAUUAGAAUCCUUUUUAUACUUUAAGCCAUGCAAACUUGUACUUCUUUCUUGAAGGGAAGAAAGACGUGCCUAUAACUAGGCUGGGCUGGCUCCAGUCUCUCUCUCUCUUUCUCUUCUUUAAGUUAUGUUGCGUCCUGCAAAAUUUCUGAACUUAAAACAAGUUAUUCUUUUGCCUUUUGUUUAUCUUGUUUUCUAAGGACAACAGCUCUAUUGUGUCUGCACUUUCAUCUCCAGAAGGGAUGCAUAUACAAGAACGAUAUUCUGCUCAGUUAAUGAAUAAAAGCUUUUGUUUUCUUUUUUAAACUGAAACAUGUUUCUGAAAUGUUGCACUUGUUGAACAAGGCAGCUAUAGGCAAAACAAUUCCUAUUUUAACUUUGUCCUUCAGAAACUAACUGGAGGCCAUUCAACUUAAUUGUAAUUGGGUCCUAUAGCUCUUGGAGCUGACAACUCUUUGACACUGCUUACUGUAGCCUGAAACAAAUAACUGUUUUAUUUAUAACAGUGCUUUCAUGUAUUAUUGUUUUUCUCCGUGAGCUUCGUACACAAAUGUUUUUUCUCUGCCAAUGCAGCUCUUGUUACCUAAAUUAAGCCAAUGAAAUUCAGCAUGUCUAACUUCUUUAAUACUCUUUCUUUAUCAAAAUUCAGUUCUUCCAAGCUUUUUGCCACUGUGAUGAUCAUGAACUUGACUUCCAUUGCACAUUCAAACCACCACUCUUGUAGAGGUUAUUAUUCAACACAGUGGUGGUAUACAGAUUAUAAAAGUCCUGCUAUAGUCAGACAGAUUGUCUAGUCUAAGUAUCCAAAUGUUAAAUUAUGAACUGUAUGAUUUAUUGACCUUGUAGCAGAAGAAUCAGUUCGUGUCAAGUUUCUUUUCUAAGCAAUAUUGUAUUACAAGUCAAAGUGUUUGUGUAGGUGUGGAUGUGUGCAUAUAGUAUUUGCCAAUAACAAAAUUAAUACUUGUGUGUUGUGACUGAGAAGUUCAUAUUCUUUAAUUUUUAGUGUGAUUUUAGUCAGUUCAAUACAUUAUGCAGAUUGAUGAGGUAGACUAAGGUCUAGAAUAAUGGACUAUAACACUGUGGAUUUCCAGAUCACAGCUUUUAGCACUCCCCCAUUCCAUUGUGUAGUAACCUGAGCACAUUGUAAAGAUGAUGUGAAUGAUUCAUUCUUCCUGAUGCAUAUAUUAUCUUCAUCCACAGUAUUUGCAUAAUAUGUCAGUCAAAAAUAUGGCCAGCGCUCCAGCUGCGAUCUGUGAAGUAACACAGUCCAUAUUUCUAACACCUCAAUCUGUGCAAACCUCAUAGAUUGGCUCUUAGGAACUAAGCCUUUUGAUAAAUUAAAGCGGGGUGUGUGCUUUCCAGGACUUAUAGUGCAAAAAUAAACAAGCAAACAAAAAACCCUACUUGGGAAUAUCUACAAAGUAGCCAUUAAAUAAAGGGGGUGUCAAAAAGUGGUGCUAGAAAUAUUUGCAUUAAAUGCACUGCCUGAAAUGGACUUAUUUAAUAGGUGGAGGACUUGGCUUUAUGAUCUCUAUGCCUCUUGACAACUGUGCAUUGAUAGAAGGAGGGGAAAUUGGAUAAAUCUUUCUAAACAAAGUCAGGUUGACAUCACUGACGUUGCAGCCAAUGUAGUACAGUCUCUCAUUAGUACUUGGAUUUUAAUGCAUCUAAAUACAGUAUCAGUCAAAUUGUAAUUAAGCACCUUUUUAGUACAGGGAUAAUUGUUGUUGUUCAAAUUGAAAAGUGUAGUGUGUCUUUAUUUCUUAGCAGACUUUCUCAAUGCAGGGUGAUAUCUAGACCAAGAAAAAUUAGAAACUGUUUAAUUGGCUAUCAAAACAUUUAAUCUUCCAUCUGAACCAAAAGAGGCUGUAAACAUGUUCAUCUAUGUGCCAAUAUUGUGUUAAAUAUUGUACACGCAAUUGACUUGUAUACACUAUGUUCUAGUAGAAAUGGUUGUCAGCUUAAUUUUGCCCAUUUGAAGCAGUUGUUAGCUUAUUCAAGGAAGAAUGGACGUUGGGAAGGUUGGGCUGGAUUGAUUCCUGUUUAGGAUUAAUUUUACCUGUAGAAGGCUGCAAGAAUCGAGCUGUGUAGUAUAUAAUUAUUGUCUUUGAAAAUAUGCUGUUUCAGUUUAAAAAAAACAUAUUUAUUUGCUGAAUAUUUCGAUCCUUUUGGCAGACAGAUACAGAUACCGAAAAACUUUGAAGUCACAAGUAUCAGUCAGAAUCUUUGGAAUACAUAAGCCAAAUGGUACGAGUUUAUCCUUUUUUAGUUAGUGAACUCAAUUUUUUAUUCUUCAUAAUAAGGUACAAAUUAUUUUUAGGAUGAAGAAUCUAGCCUUCACU